CACAAGCUACAUCACACCGUCUGAAUAAAUCAUUUCAAUGUAUUGACGUUUCACAUGAAAUUCAAUUCGUUUUGCUUGGUUUCGUUUCCCUUUUUUUUUCAAGAAAUGAGCAUCACACUUUAAGAUAUCCGCAGUGGCUAUAGCAUGGAAAUUCAUAACAAUAAAAUCCCACGAUCCACUCAAUUACAACAAGUGCAUGAAAAAUUAUUCAAGCAAACAAAAUGCAGGAAGCUGAAAAUCUUUAUUUGCCUCAAGCAAACCAAUGAGGCAUCAAAUUAAAUACAAGUUAAUGCGAUUCAUUAAUAGAAUAGAUUGUUUGUGUGUCUGUGUGGAUGGAAGAUGGGGCUUACCUUAAGUUUUAUGUUUAUAUGAUUGCGUUGAAUUGGAUGGCCCAAAAAAUAAAAGUUAACCAUUUACUGGUCUCGCCACAAAAGAAUAAUUUCAUUUAUUCCCGCACAAUUCACAAUGUAAAUUGAUUUAUGUUUCCCAAAUUGCGGCACGCCAAAAAUGACGAAAACAAAUCAAAGCCAAAGCAGAUACAACUAUAAAUCAAAAUCUUCAAAAAAUGUUCACUCCAGCAAUUCCAAAAAAACAGAACAAAACCAAAGAUUUACCGGCAGACGGCACAUCGACUGUUCGCUACAGCCAACAGUUGUUAAAUGAAAGACCCAAAGCAGCUGGCAACCGACAACAGACAGGAUUUUGAAUUUGAGAAUAAUGUUAUGUUAUACAUAUGCCAGCAAGCAGUGCAAAACUGUUAUACACGAGAGUAGCCACAGGAAUUCAAGAAACUGUAUAUCAAACUUAUGAUGGGGUAGAGAUUUCAAGUCAGUUGCUUUGAGAGCAAUUUCGAAAUCAUUUAGGUGAAUGGGUUUAUAGAAAUAAAGGCAGAAAAGAAAACUUUCUUAUCCUGUGGCAAGUCGAGGAUGCGAUGGGUUUCUUAUCCUUCAUGUACACUUUGUCCUCUAUUCAAAUCUAAUGAUAAAACUGCCUGCGAUGCAAGCUUUUUGUGUUCAUAAAGCAGUCGAUAUGAUUGAACUAGCAUAAGAAAUGCCAUCAAGCAGUUCAACGUCCAUUUGACGAUUUAAUUUCAUAAUUUUGUUUCUUCUAGCAAAUAUAUCUAUGCUUUAACCAUUGAAAUGCUAACCAUUAAAUUGAAGACGAAUCGCAGUGUGGGCUUAAAUUACAAUUACAAAACUAUAAGACGGUCACGUAAAUUGAUAAUAUUGGCCGAAUGUCUCUAGGUCUAUCACAUUCGCAAGAUGCUGGGCAUGCUAGCUAUAAAUACACAACAGAGGGCCAAUUAAGAUCAUCAGUUCAGCAUAGACUUGUAAAAUGUGGUCAACAGCAGCAGCAGCGUUCUAUUGUUUAGUCCUCGUAUUGCCCUUAGCUCUGGCCUUUAGCCAGAAUGAACCACCCAAUGGGCCAAGAAGCAGGCAACAGAUGUAUAACUCCUAUGAAUCUGCAUGUGGAGAAAAAGUUUGUGGCAGCAAUGGUUAUCGGUAUGCUAGUUUUGACAAUAUCUGUCACUUAGCUGAAUACAAUGAGCAACUUUUUUAUACUGGACAACCAGAAUUCCAUGACACUGAUCCAUAUUAUUGUGACCAGGCUCAGGACAUUUUCCAUCAUCAUCGUUUGCCGUACAGAGAUCACAAUGUAGCAGCUAUUUCUCCAUAUUCUCCAGCACUUUCUAGGCAAUCAUCGGUAAUGCAAAAUAUCCACUAUCGCUCUAAUAAUAUUCAUCUUAAGUAUCCAAUCAACAAUUAUUAUGAGCAACCAGUUGCUAGUUCCUAUGAACAUGCAGCUGCAGCGACUUCUUCGAUUGUAACAACAAAACUUGGUCAGAUUGGAGCGCAUAGUUCAUUUUAUUGGAGGCAGCCAAAUACAAAUCGAUAUCAAAGUUCUUACGAGCGCCCCGCAGAGCAAACUUUAUCUGCUGUCUAUCCAUAUGCAGCUAAUCCAUAUGCAAUGACCUCAAGUCAAACACGUGAACCAACUAGAGUGACCACCCCAAGAACUGAUUUAAAUUCAACGGCAACAACGACAACCGCUGCAAGUUCAACUUCAGCAUCUACAACAAAGGCACCUUAUACAACAACGACAACCAUACCCUCCACAACUGCAUCAACAACCAGUACUGCUCUUCAAAACACAACAGCAACGUCCACAACAAUUGCUCCUAAUACGACAGCAGCAUCCACAACAAUUGCUCCUGAAACAACAACCACGACAUCUUCAGAAAUAAAUCCCAUAACCCCCAAGACAACGACAGCAUCCACAACAAUUGCACCCAACACUUCAACUACAUCUACAACGACAGUAAUAACUACAACUAUUGCUCCCAAUACGACAACAACAACUACAACAAUUGCUCCUGAAACAACAACAACGGAAUCUUCAGGAAUAAAUCCCAUAAGUCCAAACACAACGACAACAUCCACAGCAAUUGCUCCCAAUACGACAACAACAUCUACAACAAUUGCUCCCAACACGACAAUAACAACUACAACAAUUGCUUCCAACACCACAACAACAACUACAACAAUCGCUCCAAAUACGACAAUAGCAUCCACAACAAUUGAUCCCAAUACCACAACAACAUCUUCAACAAUUGCCACAAACACAACGACAGCAUCCACAACAAUUGAUCCCAACACAAGCACUACAACUGCAACAACUGGUCCCAACCCAACCACUACAACUGCAACAAUUGCCCCGAACACGGCAAUUACAUCUACAACGAUUGCCCCAAACACGACAACAACAACUACAACAAUUGCCCCAAACACGACAGCAACAUCUACAACAAUUGCUCCCAACACGACAAUAACAUCUACAGAAAUUCCUCCCAACACAUCAACAACAACUACAACAAUCGCCCCUACCACAACAACAGCAGAAUCAAAUAAUAUCGAUCCGAUUACAAUCACCAUACGCCAACCAAAUGGCUUGAUCAUGACCUUUAUUUUAACCUCACGGAAAACUGAUGCCAACGGCUAUCCAACAUGUAAUGCCAACUCCUCAGCAGAGAUAACACAAGGCUCGCAGACAUUAUUCAAGUUCACUGGCUGCCUUAAGGACAGACGGGGCAACACUUCCAGCCCAAAAGCAACACCAACUCCAACUAAUUACUACAAAUCCCCCUUGGCUCCAUAUACCAAGAGUCCAGCACAUUAUUAUAGGGCUGCCUCUUCAGCUGCGGCCAGCUGCGGACACUCAUAUGCUUCGCGUAUUGUUUACAACUUUUAAGUAGCCCUUACAUAUCAUUUAUUUAUCACUUUAUUCUAAAAUAUAUAUCUUAUUAAUAAAGCAGCU